CGUCGGCUCGAGGCCGUUCCACUGGGCGACCGGAAGUUGCGGCGAGUGCCUUGUAGGUGCAGUUGCCGUGGAGCGGCGACUGCGUCCUGUGAGCAGCAUGUUACCCCUCUCCAUAAAGGACGAUGAAUAUAAGCCGCCACGGUUCAAUCUGCUCCGCAAGGUGUCGGGCUGGUUCAGGUCCAUUUUGUCGGAUUCCACAUCUCGAAACCUCUUCUUCUUCCUCAUGCUCAACCUCUCCUUUGCCUUCGUGGAACUCCUAUAUGGGAUCUGGAGCAACAGUUUAGGUCUCAUUUCGGACUCAUUCCAUAUGUUCUUUGACUGCACUGCUCUUCUGGCUGGAUUGGCAGCAUCCGUGAUUUCUAGAUGGAGAUCAAAUGAUACCUUUUCCUACGGAUAUGUCCGUGCAGAAGUUUUGGCUGGAUUUGUGAAUGGAUUGUUUCUGAUCUUCACAGCUUUCUUCAUUUUUUCAGAAGGAAUAGAGAGAGCUUUGGAACCCCCUGAAGUGCAUCAUGAACGGUUGCUGUCUGUAUCUGUGCUUGGGUUUCUGGUGAAUUUGGUUGGCAUUUUUGUAUUUAAACAUGGUGGCCAUGGACAUUCGCAUGACGGUGGUCAUGGCCAUAGUCAUUCACUCUUCAAUGGAGGAAUUCAUGGGCUGAAUCAUGGACAUAGUCAUGGUGGACACAGCCACAGCCAUAAUUAUGAGCAUCGAUCUAUGCAUUCCCAUGAGCAUGGGCAUUCCCAUGGGCAUGGACAUUCCCAUGCUCAGGAACACUGCCAUGAAGACCAUCAAUGUGAUACACUUCAAGCAAAAGGGCCCAAUAGGCAGAUUUUAGAAGGAGUCUUUCUGCAUAUUGUAGCAGACACUCUUGGCAGUAUAGGUGUUAUAAUAUCUGCCCUUCUGAUGCAGAACUAUGGCCUUAUGAUAGCAGAUCCUAUCUGCUCCAUGUUGAUUUCUUUCCUUAUAGGAAUAAGCGUUGUUCCACUUUUAAAGCAAUCCAUUGGGAUUUUAAUGCAACGUACACCUCCUUCUUUGGAUCACAUAUUGCCUCAGUGCUACCAGCGGGUUCAACACUUGCAAGGUGUUUAUAGUAUAAUUGAUCCCCACUUCUGGACUUUAUGUAGUGAAGUGUACAUUGGAACAAUAAAGCUUCUGGUAGCUCCUGAUGCAGAUGCAAGAUGGAUUUUGAGCCAAACACACAACAUUUUCACUCAGGCAGGCGUAAGGCAGCUUUACGUACAGAUUGAUUUUGCAGCAAUGUAAAGAUGCCUGAAUCAUGUAGGUCUAAACUCCUGGUUAUUGGAUCUGGGAACAGAUUUAACUGCUGGUUCGUCACUGGAUUUGAAACAUCACCAGCGUGCAGCAAACUUGAGUGUGGUAUUAUUCACUUACAUCGGUAGAAGGUCUCGAGUCAAGGAAUGGUGAAAUAAUUAACAUAAUCUGCUAUAUGUGGAACAAUCAUUUUGUGAUUAGACCUAAAGUGUCUUAUUUCAUCUUGACUGUUAAGGAAUUGAAACUGAGUUGGUGUUCUGUUGUAUGAUGAAUAAUGUUGUAUUAUCCUGCAUCCAAUUUAACAGAUGUGUUCCCACAGUUCAGAUUAUCCCUGUUCAUUUAAAUAUUUGUCAUCUUGGCUGUCAUUCUGCUUUCUGUUUCUUUUAAAAUUUCAUUUGUUGUAUGCUCACACAUUGAAUGAUAUGAACCAUGUUUCUGAAGUGCCUUUUUAUGGUGGCCAAGAAGUAAUAUUUGAAAGGCAGGUAGUGAUUACUGGACCCAUCAGAGCAAGUCUUAUAAUCAUUGGUCAGUAGUGCACAUCAUGGUAAUCAGCAUGGUUUUGCUGGGUUUUAAUAGAUUAUUGUAGGGAGAGACAGGAGGUUAGGGAACUGAUCCUUUCUGUCGUGGCACGCUGGUAUCCAGUUCAAUAGCUUAUUCUUUUAAAGGUCCUUUGACAUGUUCAUUGUAAUCUGCUGAACUAUAAAGAAAUUCCAUUGCACCAUGGAAACUUUGCACACUUGAGUUCACCCAGGAAUGGACUGGGUAAAGUUGAACAGUCCAGCAGAGAAUCCAUGCAGAAGACAAGUAGCCAGAUAUAAGAAAACAAUGUUUGUAAAUUGUUAAGAGUUUUCUUUAAAACUUAUACAUUAUCCUGACUUGCCUUUUGGUGCUGUUUGUAUCUGUUCUGAUAGUGAAAAGGAAUUUAAACCCUUACCUUAAAUGUUCCAAGUGGUGCUUUUAAAAAAAAAGUACUGUGAAUGCUAGAAAUCUGAAAUGUUCAGAGAAAAAUUCUGGAAAUUCUCAGCAUAUAAGGCAGUAGAGAUUACUGGGAAGAGAAAACUGUAGUUGAUUUUACACCAAUGAUCUUUUGUCACAUUUGAUUUAAAAAUUAGUGCCUCACGUGUUGGUAGAUUUCCAGAUCCUUCUCUCAACUGUUCAUAAAUUGCUUACAUAAUGAAAAACACAAUCAGUUUAUAAAUAUAAAAGGGGGGCUGGGGAAAAAGCUCCUGGCAGAUUCAAACCUGGUUUGAAUAAGCCUAUCAUGAAUUGAUCAGUUUAGCAAUUGUUUUGACUGAUGAUUGUGCUGGUUCAGUUAAAUGAGCAUUAGACAUUGGUUUAAAUAUUUUCACAUGAAAAUAGUGACUUGAUCAUUUGAAUUUUUGUCACUAAGCGGUUUGAAAAGAGAAUAUAAUUCUGAUUCAACUCAAUGCUGAGUUUAUUCAACAGGUGGUAAUGAGGUUUAGCAGAUGAUUUGCCCUGUGGCAAAUUAGGGUGAAUUGGUCAGUUAUUUUGCCCAUGUGUCACUAGGUAGAAAUAAAUCAGAUUUGUUCAGUGUUUGUGAUAGGGAUUGAAGAAAACAAAAAUCAACAGUGUGUUUUUAAAAUUGUCAAAUUUUAAUGUGUCUUAGCUGUUUCAACAGUUAAACAAAAUGUACUUUUGUAAAUUGAGGUGAUCCAGCAAUUAAGUUGUUUGUCGAUUAAAUUAGCUGCAUAAGGAAAAAAGGAGUAUAGCGCAGUAUCUUUCAGUGGAUGUCAAACUGCAUUAUCCAAAGCAAAUGUUUAUAGCUUAGAAAUCUUAGCAUGAUGUGUUUGCACACUCAAGGUGUAAUCAGACCCUGUCUGUGAAGGAUAAAACAAAGGUACUGCCUCGACUAUCCUUUUUCCUACUCUGCCUCCAGAGGCUAUUUCUAAAACAAGUAAAUGGUUUUCUGAAGUUUGGGUCUUUCUAAAUUUGUAUUACUUAGUCUACAUGCUACAAAAGGGUGUUAAAUUUACAGCAUUUCUGCACAAAAUGUGUUAAUAAGAAAGUUUAUCUGAUUUUCAAAAGAACAGUAAAUACUUUUGUUUUAAAGCAGAAGUAUUUAUUUGUAAAGCAUUACUACUCUCCUGUUUAAAUGGAAUAGUCACUCUAUUAGCUAUAAUAUGCAUUGUUGCUAGUUCUGGGAACAUUUUCGAUCUUAAAUCAAAGGAUUCUUUGUUCUGUAUCAAGCCUUUGCCUCUACCCAGAAAUUAAUUGAGCAUAAGAGGGGAGAAAAUGAGCAGCAUCACUUUGAAUAUGGUUUCAGAAUGUAGAGGUCUUUCUGAGAUCCCAUGUGUGAGUCCUGAUCUAUUUGGUAGUUAUUCUAGUUGAUAUAUUUAUCAUUCUAGAUAAAUCUCUUGAAAAUUAUUUAAGAAGAGAUUGACUACAGUAUUUUUAAUAUUUUAAAACAAUUGUAAACAUCACCAAAGCAAUUUGAAGUAUGUACUACUCUAAUAGUCUCUACAGUAAACUCUCAUCAAAGAACUUGUCUGAAAUGCAGCAAUAUGCAUAAUAAAUAUUUUGAUAACUAUG